AUGGAUGUCAGAGGGUUAAUUGAAAGCCUAAAGGAGGAUCUCACUUGCUCUAUAUGUCUGGGCUACUUCACUGACCCAGUGACUGUUAAAUGUGGCCACACCUUUUGCACACAAUGUCUUCUCCAGUGCAGGAAGGGAGGUGAUGACACAUUUACCUGCCCAGAGUGCAGAGGACUCAUAAAUUACAGAAAUUUCACACCCAACAAGAGCCUGCAGAAUCUGUCCAACACUGGCAAAAUGCUCAGGCCUCAUUUACUGCAGAGCAUGGUGCACCUGACCACCUGUGAUCAACAUGGGGAACAAGAGAAGCUCUUCUGUGAGGAAGACCAGAUAUCCCUCUGUGAGUCUUGUUCAUUAGCCCCAGAGCACAAACAUCAUCAUGUUCUUCCCAUGGACAAGGCUGCUGAAAAUUGCAAGGAGGAUGUGAAAGUUUUUAAACAAUCCAUUAUUUGUGAAUAUGAGAAAAUAUGCCAGUUCUUACAGAAUGAAGAAAUUCAACACCUGCUAAAAUUGGAGGAGGAAUUCAAAAACAACAUGGCAAAACUUAAGACAAACCAGGCCAAACUAUCACAACAGCUCCAAAAUGUAAAAAGAAUGAUAUUGGAAGUAGAGGAAAGUUUGGACAAGGCACCAUCACAAAUGCUCGAGGUUAUGAAAAUUCCAUUGGAAAGGAAGGAGGAGCAGCUACUUCAAGAAGUGGAUCUUGAUUCCUCUACCUGGAGCUCCUUCCCCAUCACUGGGUUGAGAAAAAUGCUCAUGACCUUCCAGAGAGAUAUAACUCUGUAUCCUGAAACAGCCCAUCCUCAUCUCAUCUUGUCUGAAGAUUUGAAGCAUAUUAAGUGUGGAAGUAUCCCACAGUACCCUCCUGACAAUGAAGAAAGAUCUGCACUUGCUUUCAGUGUAUUGGGUACCCAGACCUUUACCUCAGGCAAACACUAUUGGGAAGUGGAGGUGGGCGAUAAUACAGACUGGCUAGUAGGUGUCUGUAAAGAUUCAGUCAGCCAAAAUGAGAAACGCUCCAUACUACCUGAUGAUGUAACUGCACUAGGAGGCUACAGAUCUAUAAAUGAUUUCUUCAUCUGGAAAUUACAAAAUGGCUUUUUCAUAAGUGAGUCAAUAGAUAAGAUGGGCAUUUUUCUUGAUUAUGAAAAGGGACAUAUAGCAUUUUACAAUGUCAUAGAAGAAACCCUUCUCCACAGUGCCACAGACAUCAUCUUUCAAGGGACUCUUCGGCCUUACUUUGCUCUUUCCCUACAUAAUGAAGAAGGAACUCCUGCAUCACUCAGUUUAUCUCCAAGAAUAACAAGUGACCAGUAA